AUGCACCAUUUACCACUCCUUCCCCACGCUCGCCGCGUACCUGUACGCACGCACCCGCACUCACUCCUUCUCGUUCACCCGCACCCCCCGUUCUUCUACGCCGCUUCUUCCUCCCCGCCCCUCAAUCUCCUCUCCAAAAUGAACCACGAGCCCAUGCUCCAGGACUCCCAAGACGCAGGGGCGCAGGAGGCGGUCCUGCAACCCGCCUCCACCUACGCCGCCCAGGGCUCCGCCGGCGCCUACCGGCGGCGGCCGAUCGUCGUCCGGGACCCCAAGACAGGUGAUACCCGAGUCAUCCAAGGAGGGCACCAGCGGGGAGCCAGUGUUGGCGUAGGGGUGACGUAUGGAAAUGGCGCGGCGCGUGGCGGAUAUCGGGGUAUGGACGAUGCCGCCGAGUUCGAGGACGCUCCCGUCGUCAAGAUUGUGUCGGGUUAUCGUGGACGCCAGAUCGUAGUUCGCGAUCCCGCGAAGAGGGGUGCAACCGACAUUAACCCCCAGCAUGUCGCAGGUGGGCCCUUGGGGGUUAGGGGCGGCGGCGUCAGGAAGACAAACUAUUAUGAUCGCAGGGGGCCAAGGGACACGUCCUACUCUCCGGAAAGAUAUGGAGACAAGCGCAGUGGGCGUGGUGCUCCUUACUACGAGGAUGAUGAAGAGGAUCGCAGGAUGUACGGAAGGGGAAGGGACCAGUAUGACGGUUCCCAGAUGGUUGCUGCCCAUGGCUACGGGGACAGUAGGUACGACAGGGAUUAUUACAGGAAUGCCAACGCGGGACACAAUGGAGUCCCUGCCCAUGAUGACCUGACGGGCAAGGUCGUGUACGUCGACAAUCUCAGUGACGACGUCACGACCAGGGGUUUGGCCGAUUUGUUCAGCAUGGUUGGUACAGUGAAGGAACUGCGUCUGCUCUACGACCGCCAGGGUAACCCAAACGGUAGCGCUGAUAUUGUCUUUCAGCAUCGUGCGGAUGCUGAGGAGGCUAUCAAGUCUCUUCACAACGUUCCCUUGAACAAUCGUCCCAUGCGGCUCUCCAUGGGCAAUGGGCUGUGA